CCGAGUCUCUGGCAGCUGCGGUAGCCUGAGCUAUUUUCUCAGUCAGGAGUGACUUCAAGCAGAGUACUGGUAGUCGUUACCAAUAGUGGUAUGACUCGGUAUAUUUGGCUUGAUUGUGAUCCAGGGCACGACGAUGCAACAGCGAUAAUGCUGGCAGUCCACUGUCCUGGUGUGCAGCUGCUAGGCAUCUCAACGGUGCAUGGUAACACAAGUGCAGAGAAUACCAAUGGAAAUGCAGCUCGUUGCUUGUAUGCGUUCGCUGCUCCUGCAGACGUGCAGGUCUAUCCAGGAGCCACAAAGCCACUGAUAAGACCCACGAGGCAUGAUCCUGAAAUCCAUGGGAUCGACGGGCUUGGAGGCGUCGAUGGCCUGCCAUCCGUGGAACACCAAGCUGUACGAGUACGACUCACUGACGUUAAUCGGUCAUCUCGAGCAGUAGAGGCGAUCGCUCGGGCGAUUCGAGAUACGUGGAAAGACGGUGCAGGCAACAAGCUCGUUAUCGUAUCUUCUGGACCGAUGACCAACAUUGCGCUAUUCGUGAGCGUAUACCCUGACCUCCUCAGUGGGAUAGACGAAUUUGUGUUCAUGGGCGGAGGGGUUGGCAUUGGCAACCGUUCCCCAUCGGCAGAAUUCAACAUUCUUUGCGAUCCCGAAGCCGCACAGAUCGUACUAGACGUACCUGUCAAGAAAACGAUGAUACCCCUCAACGUGACACAUACCGCAAUCGUAACCCGCCCUAUACUCCACAACCUACUCUCGCCCAAUUCUCCUAUGAUCACCAACGCACGUCCUCAAGCUUCCACGAAGCUGCGGCAUAUGCUCUGGACGCUGAUCAGUUUCUUCGCCGCCGCAUACGAGUCCACCUUCGGCUUCGUUGACGGACCGCCACUGCAUGAUGCUCUGACAAUUGCCUAUGUUGCCCAGCCGGAUCUGUUCACCUGCAAACGCUACAGAGUGGAUGUGGAACUGAGCGGCAUGCACACCGCUGGCGAAACUGUAGUUGAUAUCUGGAACUACCGUGCAUGUGACGAGACCUGGGGACGGAGCGGGAAGAACUGCCUUGUUGCAGAGAAAUUGGAUGUGCCACGCUUCUUCGACUUGUUUCUCGAUUGCGUCGCCCGCUGUGACGCGGUAUCCCCUUUGAAUCAGUGA